AUGAGCAUUGCAGGCGGAGUGAGCUGGGAACAGGUGUUGGUUCCACUGAAAGCUAUAGCCCUGCCAUGGGUGCUCCUCUUCCUCUUUUACAUGUUCUUUACAUAUUUUGCGGUAUUGAAUGUAAUUACUGGCGUUUUCUGUCAGACAGCCAUCGACAGUGCGCAGAAUGAUCACGCUACCGUGAUCCAUUCCAUUCUAGCGAACAAGCAGGCGCACCUGGAGAAGGUGCGGGACCUGUUCAACAAGCUGGGGGCCGAGAACACAGGUGGCAUCACUUAUCUCAUGUUCGAAGAGAAGAUCACUUCGCCGGAGGUGAAGGAGUAUUUCGAAUCUCUUGGAUUGGACGUGUGGGAUGCUUGGUCUUUUUUCAAAAUGCUGGACCUCGAUGAUAGUGGCGCCGUUGAUAUCGAGGAGUUCUUAAUGGGAUGUCUACGAGUACGAGGCAAUGCCAAAGCCAUUGACAUUGGAAAGAUUAUCCACGACCAGACCUGGCAGAUAAAGGAGCAGGGUAAGUUCCAGACUUAUGUGGAAUCUUGGCGGAGUGGACUUUCGGAUUUUUUGGGAUUCAGGUUCUAUAGAAUCUAG